AUGCACGCAGAUUCGGACGAGGAGGCGGCUGCGGCGUGUACGGCGGUGGAAUGGAGGGCCUCACCGGGUGCCACAACCGCGCAUCUCUCGAGCACGGCCUUGGGGGGCAUUGCCACCAAAUUGCGCGAGCUGCAGCGGGAGCUCGUCAGCUUUGACGAGCAUGUGCCGGAGAUUGUAACCUUUCGCGUCGACGGCAAACUCUUCUCUGUCCAUCGCGAGUUGCUGCGAAAUGACCCGCAGUCGGUGCUUUUCCUAAUGACGGCGUCAAGGUUUCGGCACAACAGGGACGGACGCCGCGUGGGUGACGUGAUUGAGAUCCCAGGCAGGGAUGCAACCCUCUUUGGCAUGUUAAUGAACCUUCUCCGCGGCUAUCGGAAUCCCAUUCCGGAAGACUACCGCGAGGUUUGCUCCGCAGAGGCGCGCUUCUACGGCUUGGAGCACUCGUGGGAGUCGCGGUACCCCGUUGCGGCCGCCGGUCCCUUUCGCCCGCUCACGUGCAGCGACAGGCUCUUCUCUGAUGUGGUCUGUGCGGCGGCGAGUCCGUUCUACUCAAGCGGGCUGCACUUCAUUACGUUUGCGGUGACACGGUGUGAGACGCUGGCGGUGGGGGUUGUGGCGGAGGGCGCCCGCCUGAAUUGGAUCGACAGCAUUGGCCGCUGUGAGGGCUUGGCUCUCUACUGGAACGAUGGACGGGUGGCUCACAAUUUUAGGGGUCUUUGCACGGAGAAGUCUGGCUGCGCGUUCACCGCCCACGCGGUGGUCAAAGUCUACUUGGACUGCGAGGAGAACAUCGUGCGAUGGUCGCUUGCAGGCGGGCAAAGCGUGGCCGUAGUGCGCCUUCCGCCAGAGACGAGUUUCGCGUUUGCCGCAGUGCUGGUGAGGUCUUCCGAGGUGCAGAUAUUGCGCAGCGAGUGA